AUGAAACUAACAUUUUUUAUGAGUACAUACUUACUUUUAUUAUUUACGUGUUCCAACGAUAAACUGAGCUACUACUUCAAUAUCCACUUAAAAUUACUAAAUAUUUUUGGAUUAUGGACUGACAUGCGAUUCAUAGGCGGCUCGUUAACGCUAACAAUAAUCUACAGCAUCUUAGCAAUUUUACUUUUUAUAAUUGCCCCUCAAUUUUGCCACGUGGUCUACAUGUACAAAGCCAGAGAUAAUGUGGUAGCUUUUGCAGACGAAUUUUAUGUAUCUCUCGCAUCAGUGAUAGUGGUUUUCAAGGAUUAUGAUAUGAUCAGAAAACGAAAAAUUAUUAGUGAAAUGUUGGAUACUAUGGAUUCUGAGAUUAUGCAACCUUCUAAAGGACAGACGCAAAAAAUACAUAAAGUAAUGAGUUUUUGGAAGAAAUUGUUUUGGUCAUUACUUACUUUUGAAUCUUGUUUCUGUCUCUGUCAACUGAUAACUCCUAUCAUCGAUAAAAUACAAACAGGUACUAAGAAUGUCCCACUGGUAGACUGUUAUCCCUUCUACAUAUACGCAUCGCCUGUUUAUGAAAUAAUGUACAUCUAUCAAAGUUUCUUAUUAUCAUAUUUACUCAUGCACAGUAUGCUUUUUGAUACUUUUGUCACAGGACUAAUGUCUUUUUGUGCAGCCGAAUGUGACAUACUAUUUGAAAAUUUGAUGGCUUUGAAAUUGGAGGAAACGGAAGUAGUCUAUAGAACAAAAUUGGUGAAAUGUAUUAAACAUCAUGAAGAAAUAUGCAGGUUUGCUACUAACAUAGAAAAAUGCUUCUCACCAACUAUAUUGGGACAGUAUUUCUGUAGCUUGAUUUCUGCCUGUACUACAAUGUUUAAACUGUCUUUAGCUGAACCUAUGAGUAUCGAGUUUUAUAAAGUUGUCGUUUAUAUGGAUGUUAUUCUUAUUCAACAAUUUUUAUACUGUUGGAUGGGCUCAGAUGUUACUGAAAAGAGCAAACAAUUACCUUUGGCAAUAUACGAGGCAUUUAAAAUUGAUUCUUCAAAGGAAGCAAAAAAAAUGAUUCAAUUAUUUAUAGGAAAAACUCAAAAACCUAUAGUAUUUAAAACUGUACUUUUUGAUCUCUCCGUGCAACAAUUUUUACAGCUUAUUAGAAGUUCUUUUUCAUAUUAUACUGUCCUGUCUACACUAAAUGAAAAAUGA